UUUGGGUCCUAGUUCCUUCUCGCAGCGCCUCCUUCGCGCAUGUCAAACAACACGUGCAUUGGCUGCUGGAGUGGGUAGCUGUUGCUGUUUUUCUUAACUGCUUAAUUUAUAUCCAUUUAAAUUGACCUACACUUGUUUGUAGGGUCACACAUCACGUCUAAAUGGGAGGCACUCAAAAGAAAAAGUAUGAGAGGGGCUCUGUCACCAACUACAUCACCAGAAACAAAGCACGCAAGAAGUUAUCGCUGAGUCUCCCAGACUUCAGGCGACUGUGCAUCCUUAAAGGCAUCUACCCUCACGAGCCCAAGCACAAGAAGAAGGUGAACAAGGGAUCUACAGCCCCGAGGACCUUCUACCUGCUCAAAGACAUCCGCUUUCUCCUGCAUGAGCCAAUUGUUGGCAAGUUCAGAGAAUACAAGGUAUUUGUACGCAAACUUAAGAAGGCUUACGGAAAAACAGAAUAUACUAAUGCGCAGAGACUGAAGGAAAACAAGCCGACAUAUAAGUUGGACCACAUCGUCAAAGAAAGGUACCCCUCCUUCAUUGAUGCUCUCCGUGACAUCGACGAUGCCCUCUGCAUGUGCUUCCUCUUCUCCACCUUCGCCCGCACAGGAAAGUGCCAUGUUCAGACAAUCCAGCUGUGCAGACGCCUCACUGUGGAGUGGAUGAACUAUGUGAUUGCAUCCCGUUCUCUCAAAAAGGUGUUCAUCUCCAUCAAGGGAAUAUAUUACCAGGCUGAGGUGGUGGGACAGCUCAUUACCUGGCUGGUGCCAUAUCAGUUCGCCCAUGAUCACCCAACAGACGUGGACUACAGAGUAAUGGCUACUUUCACAGAGCUGUACACCACUCUCCUGGGGUUCGUCAACUUCAGACUCUACAAUUCCCUCAACCUGCUCUACCCACCAAAGCUGGACGCUAAAGCAGAGUCCGAGCUGAAGGAAGCAGAUGACGAUGACUACGCCAUGAAUUCAGAAAGCUACCUUGAGAAACUGUCAGCUCUGAGUACGAGUCUGGCGAAGGUGGUUUCCACUACAGAGGAGGAGGAGGCUCAACUCGACCAAUUUCCUGUUGAAGACGAGGACUUGGAAAAGAUGGAGGCCAGAGAAAGAGAACAGAAAGAGCAGGAGGCUCAGAAAAAGCUAUUCGAGGGACACAAGUUCUUCCUCAACAGAGAGGUGCCCAGAGAGCCGCUGGCGUUUCUCAUCAGGUGUUUUGGUGGCGAGGUCUCCUGGGACAAGUCUGUUAGCAUCGGCAGCACGUACGAGGUGACGGAUGAGACCAUCACACAUCAAGUUGCUGACAGACCCAACGUUGACAAACAGUAUAUCAACAGAUACUACAUCCAGCCCCAGUGGGUGUUCGAUUGUGUCAAUGCCAAAAUUGUCCUGCCUGUGGAGGACUACUUCCUUGGAGUGACUCUCCCUCCUCACCUCUCUCCCUUCGUGGAGGAGAAGGACGGCGAUUACGUGCCUCCUGAAAAACUAAAGAUCAUGGCGUUGCAACGAGGAGAAAAACCUGCCCAGGAAGAAGAAGAGGAGGAUGAGGAGGAGGAAGAAGAGGAUGAGGAUGAUGACGAUGAGGAAGAAGAAGAGGAGGAGGAGGAAGAAGAAGAAGAGAAUAAUCUGAAGAACUUGGAGAAACAAAGAUCCCAGGGAAAGUCCCUGUCAGUCAAAGUGACGGCUGGGAAAAUGAAGGUGGAAAACCCAGCCCGCCUGGAGCAGGAGGAGAAGGCAGAGGAAAAACGUCUCGCCAUCAUGAUGAUGAAGAAAAAGGAAAAGUACCUGUACGACAAGAUCAUGUUCGGAAAAAAGCGAAAAGUCCGAGAGGCUAACAAGCUGACUGCCAAGAGGAAGGCCCACGAUGACGCUGAAAAAUCAAAGAAGAAGAAAAAGGCCAACAAAUGAAUCAUCUGAUUAUGUAUUUGGCAGAUUGACUUUGUGUAUUUCCAUUCUUGAGGCAGAGUGUAUUACAGGUUGGCAUUUCUUAUAUUAACUGUAAUCCUGUGUGUGUGUGAGUCUGAUGCACCUGAUGUGGGUGCAGGGACCUCUGCAUGAGUUCAAGAUGAGAUGCAGGAUGUGGCAUAUGCUGAUUGUGUAAUUACUAAUGUUAAAGUGACUUUUUGUGUUUUGUUUGUAUGAAGUGUUCUACAUUACACACACACACAUUUCUUCCACGUUGUUAAAGAUGUUCAUGUUAAUGGUCUUUAUUUUAAAGUAAAAACUAAAAUUAAAAACCCUGUUACUUGUGA